AUGGGAUGGGAGAAGAGCUUGCCCCAUGGCACAAUCACCACUUGGGAUGAAUGCAAGAAGGCCUUUCUUGCUAAGUUUUUCUCCACCGGUCGCACAGCCAAGCUUAGAGGAGAGAUAUCCAGCUUCAUCCAGCGAAACAAUGAGACAUUCGCAGAGGCUUGGGAGAGGUUCAAAGGCUACACAAGUCAGUGCCCACACCAUGGAUUCAACAAUGAAUCACUACUCUCCACUCUUUAUAGAGGAUGCUUGCCUAGGUAUAGGGAGAUGCUAGACACAGCUAGCAAUGGGAACUUCCUCAACCAGGAUGUAGAUGAUGGCUGGCAACUUGUGGAGAACAUAGCUAACUCAAAUGGAAGCUAUGGAGAAGAGUAUGAUCGCACCAAUCGGAGCUCGACCCACCACUCGAUCGAGUCAGACGAAAAGUUGAGAAAAGAUGUUAAGGCAUUGAAUGAGAAGUUGGAUAAGCUGAUCUUAAGCUGA